AUUGGCCGAGAGAGCUUUCUGUUUUGAUCGCCUGCCAGCAGCCGUCUGGAAGGGGAGGGGAGCCGUCUGCCUUCCGCUUCUGGGCUGGAUUGACACACAAUGAGGAGCAGAGGCUGGGGAGACGCUCCAGAAACGCCGCUGUAAAUAAAUACAACAACCACUGAGGCCAGAGGAACAUGGAGAACCAGUGCACAGUGCAGGUGAAGCUGGAGUUGGGCCACAGAGCCCAGCUGAGGAAGAAAGUGACAUCGGAAGGCUUCACCCACGACUGGAUGGUGUUUGUCCGAGGGCCGGAGACCGGCAACAUCCAGCACUUUGUAGAGAAGGUCGUCUUCCGCCUGCACGAGAGCUUCCCCAAACCUAAGAGAGUAUGCAAGGAGCCUCCGUACAAAGUGGAGGAGUCGGGCUACGCCGGUUUCCUCAUGCCUAUUGAGGUUUACUUUAAGAACAAGGAGGAGCCAAAAAAAGUGUGCUUCAAUUACGACCUAUUCCUCAACUUGGAGGGCAACCCACCCGUCAACCACCUGCGCUGUGAGAAGCUUACCUUCAACAACCCCACCCAAGAGUUCAGGAGAAAGCUGAUCAAAGCCGGAGGGGUAUUGGUGGUUCCAGAGGGGGCUGAAGCUGUGUCGAGGCCCAGUCCGGACUACCCAAUGCUCCCCACCAUUCCCCUCUCUGCCUUCUCCGACCCCAAGAAGACAAAGACCUCUCAUGUGUCAAAGGAACCCAGCAAAGAGGGGAGUGGUGGCAGCAGCAAAGGACCCAAACCGCACAAGCUGACCAAGGAGCACCGCGAACGGCCCCGAAAAGACUCUGAGAGUAAAGCCACCUCGAAGGGAGACAACGACAGAGACGGAAGCAGCAAGAGCAGCCGCGAUCCUCCCUCUUCCUCAUCGUCAUCUUCGAAAAAGCCGUCAGAGAUCAAAGUGAAAGAGGAAGUUAAGGUCAUACCCAAGGCCGCCUUCAAAGAGCCCAAACUCACCCUGAAGGAGUCGAAAAUAGAAGGCACGUCCCCAAAAGGGGGGGGUGCAGGGAGUGGAGGGGGGGGUGGAGGAGGUGGAGGAGGAGGUGGAGGAGGGCCUGCAGAAUCUAAAGUCCCGGGGAAACGACCCUCCACUGUAGAGUCUCCCAAACCAAGCGCUAAGAAGCAGAAGAAGGGCAGCUCAGAGGGGCCCAAAGGGUCCAGCGGCGGGGUCUUUACGGGAACUUCUCCUCGUGUCUCCUCCUCGUCUGCGGCCGGCCAACCGUACGCAGAGAAGAAACCUCCGAAGGAAAAAGGUCGCUGGGCCAAAGGCAAAAAUGACACGCAGGAGCCAAAGGAGCCCAAGAAACUCCCGGAGUCGGAAGAAUCAAAUUCAGAGGAUGAAGCAUCGUCCAAGUCAGAGCAGUCAGCACCUUCAAGUCCUUCCAACUCCAGCUCCAGCUCCGACUCCACUUCAGAUUCAGACUUUGAGCCGGGCCAGAAACAAGGACAAGGCCCCCUUCGAUCGAUGGUGGAGGAGAUCCAGUCAGAAGAGUCGGAUGACGACGACAGCAGUUCGGAGGAGGGGACGCCCAUCAAGACCAACCCCCCCAACCGCGACUCUCGACUGAGUCUGGACAGCGAGAGCGACAGCAGCGACGGCUCGCACAGUCUCAGUCGAGACCCCGCCCCUCCUCCGCAGAAACACAGCUCUUCCAAUAACAAAGUUUCGGGCAGGAAGAGUCCAGAUUCCUCGUUUCGCUCGGAGAAGGUGUUGAAGAAGGGAUACGACAAGGUAGGAAGGGCCUACACAGAAGAACUGGUGGACCUUCAUCGCAGACUGAUGGCUUUAAGGGAACGUAAUGUCCUACAGCAGAUUGUGAACCUAAUUGAGGAGACGGGCCACUUCAACGUGACCAACACCACCUUUGACUUUGACCUCUUUUCACUGGACGAGUCCACUGUCCGCAAACUACAGAGCUACUUGGAGGCGACGGCCACGUGACAGGAAAUCAACACCGGUGCGGGGAAACCGGCCUGUGGAUUGCGGCGGCGGAGGUAGACUCGCCAACAUGCCCCUCCCCACCCCCAGCCACCCCCCUUUUUAAGUUGGGGAAGAGAAGCCACAUCAUGUCACAGUUGUUUCACAGGCCUGACUGAACCAUUGAACAACGACCAGACAAAUGGAAUCACACGAACAGACACAAGCACACACGAAGACGCAGCACCUUCAAGUGACACUGGGGAGGAAACUGAAGGAGGUGGUCAAGGAGGGGGGACGACUGGCAGGGCUAUCUACAGAGGAUUUUCACUACACGUGUUGUUUUUUUGUUGUUUCUUUUGAGUCUGUGCAGAGCUGUGGUAUGCACCUCACACCCCCUCCUCCACCCUCCUGCACGCCUUCUUUUGCAAACCCAAUACUUCCCCUCCUCCUCUCCCUCCCCCUUCACACAAACACUCCUCACUCGGCUGAACACUUCAGUCCCCUUCCCCCUGUUGUCAGCUGGAGCUCAUUUCUCUCUAGGCAUACUCUUUUAUUUGUGCGUGCGUGCGCGUAUGUGUGUGUGUGUGUGUGUGUGCAUGCAAGGACUGCUGAGGUUUAAGAGAUGUGAUCUUUGUGGGUACCGACUAAAGCUUGGGCACAGACGACAGCCGGUUUCCCUCCUUCACACACAAACAAAUACAGAUUCAGGUAAUUGACUUAACCCCUCCCCCUAUUUAUGAGCAGUGCACAAACAUUUAUAAACGUUUUGUACAACACACAAUAACGUAGUGCUAAGUAAUUUUACCACCAACCUCCUCCUAGGUUGAGGUUUGUUCGUAAACUGAUCAUGAAAUACAGUUUAGUAAAAAACAAAUGAGAAAGAUUUUACAGUGCAUAGCUUAAUAGAAAGGGGGGUUAAAAUAAAAAGGAACCUGCAUUUGUCUCCCAGGUCCCUGCACUUGUGUGUGUGUGUACGUCAGAGAAAGACUUGGUUUUGGAUGAGGUUUUUUUGAUGUCUGAACAGGGAGUUUCCCCCCUCCUUCCUCGCACUGAAAGCUGAGCCCUGACCUCCUACCAACGGGCCCCCCCCCCCCCCACCCCUCUCACUCCAUCCCUUCCCUCCUGUCCUCAUAUUGGCGUGCAUGAAAGGGCUCGACUGCUCGUGGCCAGAGCAGUGGAGGAUCACUUCUAAGUGGUGGCUAAUAGGGUGGGGGUGGAGGGGGCUUCAAAAAAGACGUGAAAAAGUAGCCAUACUCCCAGAAUCCAAAAAUAAGGAGAGAGAAAAGAAUAGGGGCCACGCUUUUUUACAUUUUAUUUUUCUACAAGUGCAUUUUGUGUAUUUAUUCCCAGACUGCGGUAAAGAUAACCUGUGCGCUAUGAAUGUAAAUCGCUUUUACUUUUCUAUGGCUAGCAACAGCCCCACUCUAGUGCCUUUUUCUGCUACCUGCAGUGUGAUGGGGGGUGUGCACUCUGUUAGCCAUGUUACACAGAUUGAAAUACCCCCACCCCACAAUACACCCCUUGAGGAAACAAGUGUUAUACAGGUGUUAUAAACAGAUGCCUGAAUAUCCAGUAUUGUCUUAAUAGCUUCCAUCCCUGCUUCUCUUUUUCCAGUGUCUCUGUAUGACGUUGUUAUCGGUGGCAUUCUUAUUAAUUAACCCCUCUAGAAGUUUUAAGACCACGAUUUGACUCCUAUGGUGGCCAUUUUUUUAAUGUUCCUUCAUUCUGAGAUGAGUCUGAGUGUUUUUAAGCGGAUGCGUCAGGUUGCUUUGGCUGUGUUGUGUGUUUUGUGAGCUGUUUGUUGUUGAAUAGCUCCACCAUCACGCGGUGUGAAGCAUUUGAUACCACGUAACCAGGCGCUUGAAGAGCAUCAACAAAGGGCAAGUAGGCAGACAAAUGAGCUGAAGGAAACCCAGCCGAUUAUCUCAACUGUAUCUUCCAGGGGGCCUGCAUCAGGAGCCAGAUCAGAGCGUUUCAUACGCCACUCAAUCUGACCGAUCCCACUAAGCCGGCUUGCGUCAAUCCGUUCACAGCACUGAACCUGACCCCUCACUUUCAAGAACCACGUCAAAACCUUUUAAGCAAUUACUAUUAAUGAGCACAAAGCAGCAUGUAAACUCACUUAGCUUUACAUGCUAACUAUAUCAGAACGUUACUAUAUUUUGUUUACUCUUUCAACUUCUAAUCUUUUAGAUUCCCCCAAUGCUUUCAGCAUGACACACAAAGCAAGGUGGCCAGUUAUUACUGUUGAUUAACAUUUACAGUUGCUUGUAUUUUAAAUUAUUGAAUAGAUCCAAAAAAAGUUUUCUUUUUUUCGUUAAGGAUCCAGUAAACAACUCCAAAGAAGAUUGAGGGACUUCAACACAGUGUUUCUAUUGAGGUCAAAGUGAGGACCAUGACCAAGUAUAGUUGCUAUGGUUACAUGUAAUCUGAUAUACCUCAGGAGCAAUUAAUUUGCCUGCAAUUAAACUGGCUGGAUCUUUGUUGAAGAUGUCACAUACUUUUACUUUAAGAUGUUUCCUCUAUCUCCAUGCAGAAGAAACGGUGUCAUUUAAAAGUUAGUUUGUUUAACUUUGUUUU